GGUGUGGAAAAUCAUCAAGAUCUGUAAAUACUAUGUAUUGUUCUAUAUUGCAAUUAACAGAAGAAACUAACAACUAUGGAGUUGAUGGUUUUUGCUAACCUUGAAAUUGAACUUUUGUAGUCUCCAAUUGAUACCAAUUCUAUUCGGCAAUCGGAAUCCUCGACCGAAGUCGAUCUACAUAGCUUGGGCCACACAUGGGAUCAGAGGCCAACUCCCAAAACACGCGAAUACAAAAGAAUGGAGGAUGAAUUGAAUGGGAAGGAGGUCAAACUAGAGUCUUUAAAAGUCGAGCUGCAGCAGAAAGAUGCCGAUCUUGCCGAUGUGCGUAAACGCUGGAAGCAGACAGCUAAGGAGCUAAACAGGCUCAAGAUGUCACAAAAGAGAGAAUUGUAUGAAGUGACAGAUCGCCACCUAGUGGAACUGGCCACCAGACUACGAUACAAUGUUCGAGACCUUGCGAUUCGAUAUUUUGAGGGCAAGAUGGGACCUCGGGGUUCAGCCCACGAACUCACGGGAUCCAAAUUCUUACAGUACUUCGGCCGGGUUGUCCAUGAUACAACAGUACGUAACGCCCUACUAAAGUCUGGAAAUAGACGCUCGAGCGUUAUGCAAGCGUAUCUGUGGGAAAUUUUCACCGCAGAGAUAUUCGGUCGAUACCUUUGGAUAGGAUCCGAGCUAUCUGGGGCCAUUCAAGUCUUGAAUGACCAUAUGAGACAAGCCAGAUGUCCAAUUACCAGUUUCGACGUCGAGUCCUGUCGGAGUUUCCAACUGUGGAGUACAGAGACGACAGGUUUGAUACUGCACACCAUCGAUGCGAAGAAAGAAUCCGCAGUCAGGCGGUUCAUUGAGAACACGGUACGAGAUAUAGCAUCCGGUAUAGUGGAUGCAGUUGCUUCUCUCAUCAUCGUUGAGAAUGAUGAGCUAGGUUCAGAGAUUGAGAGGAUUCUGCAUGAGGCUCUAGCUCUUGAUAAGGAAGUCUGUAGCCAAGUUGCACGUGUGGAUUGGAUCACUUACGAGACACCGAUGAUCUUUGAUCCCGAGCAAAUGGAAUGGGAAGGGGAAGAUGAGUCGGGGAGACGAGAUCAACCAGUCCGCCUUGUUGUGGCUCCAGCUUUAAGAAAGCGAGGGAAAUCAACUGGGGAAGACUUCGAUGUUGAUCGAUUACUACUCCCCAUGGUCGUUUCACGUCUUAGUACUGGAAACUAAUCGAACAUGAGGUGCCGAGAUUUCUGCGAGAACUUGUAUCAGUUGGGUUAUGAUUGACAUGAAUAGCGAGAGUCUUCGGAGCUUAGGAUAUCAAGAAGGAGCCGGGGCUAAUGUGAAUAUAACGUAUCUACUAAGGGGGCAGAAUAGAAUGCCGGUCAAUACACCCCUAUGUACCUAGUUCCAUCACUGUACCCUGG